AGUUUAUUGUUAUAGUUCUAUGGUAUUUAAUGAAAAUUGUACUAUCGUAUUUACAUCAUGUUUUUGUUGAUUAUUUUUUUUUUAUUUAAAUGACGUUUCAUAUCACUUAACCUUACCAGUGAAAUAAAUGUAAAUAAAAUACUAGUAAUUUUAAAUAAUGGAGAGUCAUAUGUUGUCGCAGUUGGAAAAUGCAUCGAUGGUGUUGCUGGCGUCGCCCCUCGUCGUCACAGGCCAGCAGCGCAAGGCGGCGGAGGAGCUGUUCAUGAACUUCCGCAAGACCAAGUGUCCGUACGCUGUGUGUCGUCACAUUCUCGAGAACAGCUCGGUGACGCUGGUGCAGUUCGAGGCGGCCGACCUGCUGAAGGACGCCGUCAUCCGGGAGUGGAGCCUCCUGCAGGCGGGCGACGUGGCGGCCCUGCGGCAGUACCUCCUGCACUUGCUCGUGCAGCGGCCGCUCGAGUUCGCGGUCCGGGACAAGGUGCUGCAGGUGCUGGCCAUCACGGUGAAGCGGAGCAGCGUGGAGGACUUCGGUGCGAGCCGAGGCCAGCUCCUGGCCGAGGUGGAGAAGCUCGUCUCCGGCGGCGACUGCAAACAGCAAGUGCUGGGCUGCUGUAUCAUCUCGGCGCUGAUGCAGGAGUACGCCUACACUGUCAAGUCCGCUGACGUCGGCCUCACCUGGGAGACGCACUUCAAGGCCAAGAAGCAGUUUGAGGGGACGGACCUGAAGCGGGUAUUCCACCUGUGCCUGCGAGCCCUGGGUGAAAUAACCAGGACCAACGUCUCCUUCACCGUGGACGUGCUGGGCCUACUCCGGCACCUGAUAGGCAUCGCUGAAGGUGUGCUCACGUGGAACUUCAUACACUCUGACUUGCCCAAGCGGCUGGUGGGCAUGAUGGAGUCGUCGAGCCACAUGGACUCCAGCCCCACGCUGCGGCUGGGGCGCAACUGGCACGAGGUGAUGCUGGACCCGGACGUCGUCGACAUCUUCUACAAGAUCCACUGGAAGGUGCGGGUCAACGCGGACCUGUCUCACCACUCGCUGGUGUGCCUGGUGCAGUUGGCGACACUGUCGGGCCGCGUGCUUGGCGAGCGCGACGACCAGCUUCGCUACCUCGCCAACUACGUCCGCAACUUCCUCCACCUCGUCACGUCGGUGGAGAUCCUGGACCGGGAGGCCCUGGGGGUGUCCAACAUGGUGCGCAAGCUGGUGCUGUUCUUCCCGCCGCCGCUGAUGGCCGGCCUGCCGGAGGACGUGCUGCGGCCCUUCCUGGCCCAGGUCACGGCCGUCACCUGCCGCUUCGCCGAGCGCGCCGCGCAGGAGGAGCUGAUGUGCAGCGAGGACCGCAUGCACGCCGAGGCAUUCGACCACCUGCUGGAGGCGUGGCUGUCCCUCCUGCAGCACGCCCAAGAGCUGCCGCCCGACUUCUGCAGCCGGUCGGCCGCGCAGGUGCUGGGCACGUACGUGCGCUGCCACCUGUCCCCGCCCCACGGCUGCCGCGGGCAGGGAGCGGAACUAAACACCGAGGACAUAGACGAGACGGAGGAGGACGAUCGCACCAAGUUCAAGGACCAGCUGCAGAUCAUCGGAGUGUUCGGGAGACACGUGCCGGAGCAGGCGCUGGGCCUGCUGACGGGCGCGCUGGAGGAGCGCACACACAGCCUGCACGCCCAGCUGCAGGGCGUGCAAGCCCACGCCAUGAACAUCUCCGACAACAACGCGCUGGCCUGCCUGUUCGAGGACCUGCACUGGCUCGUCAUGAUAGCAAGUCACGUGCUGUGCAUGGAGAGCGACGGGGAGUGCCCCCUGGUGCCGGCCGAGAUGAUGCGGCACAGCAUGAAGCAGGCUGCGCCGAUGCAGAACGACGUGCAGCGCCUCGUCUACGACCCGGGGGCCACCCCGCCCGACAUGGACCACGUGCUCAGGCUGGUGGUGGCGGUGCUGCGGCUGGCGGGCGUCGAGCAGUGGGCGCACGAGGCUCGCCUCAGCCACCUGCUCAGCCCCGAGCUGGCCUGCAGCGUGGCCUGGUUCCUGCGCCGCUGGGCGCUGUCCUACCUCAUGCCUCCCGAGACCUACUACUCCGAGGUGAGCGUGGCGCUGCUGGUGACCUUCGGCAAGGACUCGGCCAGCUCGGAGUGGGCCGUGCAGUUCCUGCUGUGCAAGGUGGAGUCGAACCUGCGCCACUUCCACACGGAGGCCGGCGUCGUGGAGGAGACUGUGGCGCUGCUCGUCACGCUCUGCGAGGCCUACGACAAGAGCGUGCAGGUGGUGAAGAGCAGCGCGCUGGGCGACAUCCUGGCGUUGCAGGCGUCGCUGGCGCUGCCCCAGAGCGCCAAGCGGGGGCUGUUUAAGGCGCUGGCGCUCGCGGGGGCCGCCGUCGACGAGCGGCAGCCCCGCGCGCAGUACUGGACCCAGGUCCUGAAGCCGCUGCAAGACCGCUUCAAGGCGCUCAUCUGCCGGGAGAACUUCGGCAAGCUUUUGCACGAGGAGAGCGUGCGUCUCGAGAUCAUCGACAUACUCGAGUCCCUCAUAGGGGUGACGCAGGGGUCCCAGGCGGGCACGGUGGCCUCGCUGUUCGGCCUGCUCCACCCGCUGCUGUCGGAGAGCGCGGCCCUGGUGGCGGCCUGCCACAACUACCAGCUGGUGGUGGAGCUGGUGCUGGAGCUGUACUGCGAGUGCUCCCGCAGCAUGCUGCACUACCUCUCGCAGGGGGACAGCCGCCGCAUGUACCAGGUGUGCCUGCAAGCCAUCCAGAACUACGGGCGCUGCAACGUGGGGCGCCUGAGCAAGGAGGCGUCGGCCGAGGACGACACCUACCACGACAUCCUGCUGCUCAUGGACCUGCUGAUCAACAUCCUGUCCAAGGACGUCAUCAACCUGAACGGCGGGAGCGCGGACGACGAGGACGCGCCGGCGGUCUCCGCGGCCGACGUGUGCAUGUGCGGCCUGGGCGUGGUGAUGCCGCUCAUGACGGCGGAGCUGCUCAAGCUGCCCGCGCUCUGCCGCCAGUACUACAAGAUGGCGACCUUCCUGUGCGAGUUCUACCCGGAGAAGGUGUUCGCCCUUCCCGGGGACCUGCUGGCGGCGACGCUGCGCUCGCUGCAGCUGGGGCUGUCAUCGCUGGGCGAGGACGUGGUGGUGCUGUGCUGCGACUGCCUGCAGGUGCUGGCCGCCGACCUGCACCAGGGACGCCUGCCCGGGGAGCCCGCCCACCAGGCCCUGCGCCCCUUCCUGCCCCUGCUGAUGGACCUGAUCCUCUCGCACCAGAUAAAGUCUGACCACUUCUCUGCAGCCAGCGCCGCCCUCUACACACUCAUCUGCUGUUUCCAGACGGACUACCAGCAGCUGGUUCAGGGGCUGCUGGACUCACGGGAGGACCCGGGCGUCUCCCAGCGCCUGGCCGCCGCCUUCACCGACCUCACGGCGGGCGUCGCCCUCAACGCCAACGCCCGCCAGCGCGACAAGUUCCGGGAGAACUUCGACAAGUUCGUCGUCGCCAUCCGCAGCUUCCUGCUCAUCAAGUGAGCGUCGGACGUUUUGUUCCCGCCCCCCGCGGUCUUUUGUACGUUCUACAAAUAAACAUGCAACUCUUUUUGUUAAUAA